AUUACCUGUUUCAGUUGCAGACUUCCAGGUCUUCGAACUAUCUUUCUCGAUUCUUCCUUUCUCUUCACCAUGGUACUCGAGGCGACAAUGAUCUGUAUUGAUAACUCGGAGUGGAUGCGAAAUGGAGAUUACGCUCCUUCUAGGUUUCAAGCUCAAGCCGACGCUGUUAAUCUUAUUUGCGGAGCUAAAACGCAGUCUAAUCCGGAGAAUACGGUCGGAAUUCUAACAAUGGCAGGGAAAGGGGUUCGUGUCUUGGUUACUCCAACCAGCGACCUUGGCAAGAUCUUAGCUUGCAUGCAUGGCUUAGAAAUAGGUGGUGAGAUGAACCUUGCAGCUGGGAUCCAGGUGGCUCAGUUGGCUCUUAAGCAUCGCCAAAAUAAAAAGCAGCAACAAAGAAUUAUUGUCUUCGCUGGAAGUCCUGUCAAACAUGACAAGAAGUUAUUGGAGAUGAUAGGAAGGAAGUUGAAAAAGAAUAGUGUAGCACUUGAUAUUGUCAAUUUUGGUGAAGAUGAUGGAAAAACAGAGAAGUUGGAAGCACUUCUGGCUGCUGUAAAUAAUAAUGAAACCAGCCACAUUGUUCAUAUUCCUACCGGUGCUAGUGCUCUUUCCGAUGUGCUUAUAAGUACUCCCAUCUUCACUGGGGAUGGAGAAGGUGGAAGUGGUUUUGCAGCAGCCGCAGCUGCAGCGGCUGCUGGGGGUGUGUCUGGUUUUGAGUUUGGUGUGGAUCCGAACUUAGAUCCUGAACUAGCCCUUGCUCUUAGAGUUUCAAUGGAAGAGGAGAGGGCCAGGCAAGAGGCUGCUGCUAAAAAGGCUGCAGAGGAGGCUGCUAAACAGGAAAAGGGAGGUGAACAGCAGUCUAGUUCACAGGAUGCAACCAUGACGGAACAAACCAGUGCUGCAACUUCCGAAGCGGACAAGAGAAAUGAUUUAACAGAUGAGGAGAAUGCUCUACUACAACAAGCCCUUGCAAUGUCCAUGGAUGACCCUUCCUCUAGCCCGGAAUUACGGGACGCUGAUAUGUCAGAUGCAGCUGCAGAUGAUCCAGAGCUGGCACUAGCUCUUCAACUAUCUGUGCAGGACAGCACAAAAGAUUCAAGUCAGGAGGAUGUGAGUAAGUUGUUGUCUGACCAGUCCUUUGUAUCCUCCAUUCUUUCCUCGCUUCCAGGGGUAGAUCCAAAUGAUCCUUCAGUUAAGGAGCUGCUUGCUUCAAUGCAAAGCCAGUCAGAGUCCCAGCAGAAGCAGAAUGAAGACAAGGCAUCCAAGGAGGAAGAGAAGUGACAAGUCUCCAGCAUCGCUUUUCCUAUUGUCAGGUUCUGAUUAUGGGACAAGCUCCUUUCAGUGGACCAGUGGCUAUGAAUGAAUGACAUACGGAUGAUGUUUAUUUAUUUUCUCUGAAAGGGUUUGGAAUAUAUUAUGGAUAAAAAAAUCACAAUAUUGUAAUGUAUUCCAUCGAUGUUUCUAACUGGUUAUACGGUCUUGAAAUUGAGCUUUGUCGCUGAUUUUAUUUGGGCAGUGUUAUAUAUUGUGGAUAAUGAUUCUGUUCCUGUAAUAGUGCAAGAUUAGAGUAAUGAUCUAGUUCCUGUUAAUUCUCAUUUA